AAAUAGGUACGGGCCGCCAUUUGCAUUCGUUCGGCAAAGAAAAGAUUAACAAGGGCUUAAUAUUCGUUGCUCACGCGUAAACAGCUCAAGAUGAUGGGAAGAUCGAACUAUUAACAGCAAUGGCUUGGCUUUCAUCUUUGGUUCAAAUAUAUUUCUAUUGUGAGCCGAUUUUGAGUCGAAUGAAGGGAAUAAGUUUGUCGAAAUAUUGAUCGCACGUUGUCAAGUUUGUAGUCGUUCCUCCAUAAACAAACGACAUGAAGCGAUAUCAGACUAUUAAAAAUCUUGGCGACGGCACUUAUGGCUCUGUCACGUUGGCAAGGAAUUGUGAAACAGGCGAAAAUGUGGCAAUAAAACGGAUGAAAAGAAAAUAUUAUUCCUGGGACGAGUGCGUUAACUUACGUGAAGUAAAGUCUUUGCGAAAACUAAAUCAUGCAAAUGUUGUAAAACUGAAAGAAGUGAUCAGAGAAAAUGACCAACUGUAUUUUGUCUUUGAAUACAUGAGAGAGAAUCUCUAUCAGAUGAUCAAAAAUAGGGAUCGGUAUUUGCCAGAGCAAACUGUGAGAAAUAUCAUGUAUCAGAUCCUACAAGGGAUAACCUUCAUGCAUAAACACGGUUAUUUUCACCGAGAUAUCAAACCUGAGAAUUUGUUAUGCAGUGGCCCGGAGCAAGUGAAGAUCGCUGAUUUUGGUUUGGCGAGAGAAAUCAGGUCAAGACCACCCUUUACUGACUACGUCUCGACAAGAUGGUAUCGAGCGCCCGAGGUUCUGUUGAGAUCAACCAACUACAGUUCUCCUAUUGACAUCUGGGCGUGUGGUUGCAUAAUGGCCGAAAUUUACACAUUGCGACCUCUUUUUCCCGGUAACAGCGAAAUAGAUGAAAUUUAUAAAAUUUGUUCUGUGCUUGGAACUCCAUCCAAGGACGACUGGAGCGAGGGAUAUAAACUUGCUGCUGCCAUGAAUUUCAAGUUUCCAACGAUGGUGACCACGCCGCUUCGUCAAAUCAUUCCAAAUGCAAGCACGGAAGGCAUCCAACUCAUCAAAGAUAUGCUAUUGUGGAACCCACAGAAGCGACCGAACGCGGCCCAAUCCUUGCGAUAUCCUUUCUUCAUGGUCGGAGUUGAUCUUCCCCAAACCAAAGUGAACGCUCAGCGCGGCUCGGCCAAGAAACCGGACGAUAUUCGGAGAAUCAGCGAUGCUGGAAAACCAGUUAAACCUCUCACGAAAAAACCUAGUGGUUUCUUCGACGAUUAUGAUUUUGACGGGCACGCUAAAGAGAAUCGGAAUUUACAAGAACCCGUGAACAACGGGUCUAUACGACGGGUCAGUGACUCCGGAAAGCCCGUUAAACCGCUGCUGAAAAAGAAAACCAGCGCAAUUUUUGACGAUUUUGACAUCGAUAACUUGAAAGAUGGCUUGCAACAAUCCUACCGGGGUAAAAUAUCCGAUGGGGCCAAAGGAUCCCUAUCGUCGGCGAAGAACGAGAACAAUGCCCGGGGGAACCCGGUUAAAAACGUGGAAUCCGAUAGCCUUUUGGAGUAUGGCAUUUCGAACCUCAAUAAAUCUCAUCACAACGGAAAACGAUUCGGCGGUAGAGCGGAUGACGGAGAUACGAGAAAGGAAGCAUCAAAAACGACAAAGUUGCCGUAUUUAGAUAAUGUUCCGGAUAAAAAUAAGCAUUUCUCAAAGGAGAAUCGUGCGCCUGAGCAGUCUAAUAGACAUCAUACGAAUGAUAACAACAAUUACAGUGUUGCAGGCGGCAAGGUCGAUAUGAAUUCAGAGAAGAAUUCGAGUGUUUUUGGAGGAGAAAGACGGAAGUGGAAGGGGCCUGCCGCCGCAAAAAGAUCCAGUCAAGAUGAUGAUCUUGAGAACCUCAUGAACGAGAUUGAGAGUUCAACUUAUAAUAACAGCAAACCUGGAGCAAAGGUUCCACCCACGAAACGACGUGAGACGCGAGACACUUUCGAAAACAAUCUUGGGCCGUUGAAAGACGGUGAUUCAAAUCGUCGCAAUCCUCCAAGCGCCAAGGAACAUUAUAUGAAACAAGCGAGAUACUUCCCAGGGCAGAGUCCUGCAGCGGCUAACAAAAUGCCUGCGAGUAAAAAAUCGUCGGUCGGCAUGGGUUUAAACGCUUCCUACCUUCCCUCGUUCCAUAAUGGACAGUCCAGACUAGGAGGAGGUUAUGGUAUUGGUGGAACUUCCGGUAGCUCCGUUGGUGUUGGAGGGUACUGGAAACCUACAUUAUCACGACAGCCAAGUGGUCCAGUGUAUCAACCGCCAGGGGCUGCUAAACCUGGCAAGGUUGGAGGAGCUGUUCACGGCCGAACGGACUGGAGCCUAAAGUACGGUGGUGGAAGAUAAGAUUCGACCUGUAAUAAAAUUUUAACACACAUUUCAAGUGACAUUCUCAGAAUUCGCCACACUUGCAAACUUCGAGAAACUCUGUUCAACAAAAGAGUCAGCGUUUAACUCGUCGCGGGUCGUAUAGCAGACAGAAUAUAUUUAAAUCCUAUUUAUUUCAGAGUCGAAAUGGACGCGCGUGAUGUACAUAAUAAAGGCUAAACUAGAACUGCACAUGUAAAUAUAUUGUUAUAUAAAACGCCAAGCGUUCAUUCA